AUGGCCGCCAACCCUCACUCCGCUGGAGCACGUGUUGCCGGCACAUUCGAGCUGCUCGAGCAGAUCCUCAGAAAUGUGCUGGAGAGGCCAAAUUCAUCAUCCAGAAUCAUUCGGCGCGCCCUCGUCAGCCAGCGUGUGAGCCGGGCAUUUCGCGACACCAUUGCCAACUCGCCACAUCUUCAGAGGGAACUCUGGUUCACGAUGCCCGACCCACCAUUGCCGCGCCACGACCUCAACCCAUUGACUUCCUGGGAACACAUCAGUCUGAGCGAAGGCACGUAUUUGCGCGUCAGGCCGGAUGACUGGGAACAGGUUGGGCACCUGGUCAUGAACCGGGUCAGAUGCCUUCCAGAACUCGAGGAUGCCAGCACCGCCAAGCAUGGCUCCUGGCGGCGGAUGUACCUCUACCAGCAUGCAUACAGUAUCGACCGCGUAAAGUAUUGCACCGAUCUUUACCGGCGUGAUUACAACUUCUGCCGCGUAAAGUCUUGCAGCGAACUUGAGCAGGAGAAGACUCACGAGAAGACCUUCGAGAAGAAGUUGGAGAACCCGACGCUUGGGCAGCUAUUCGAUGCAGUGUUUUAA